AUGUGCCGCCCGCUGCGCGGCUUUUAUCUUCCCGCGUUGGCUCCGGUCAACUUCUGCGAGGCAGACCGAGAGACUUCUACCUGCAAGUCAUCAGUAGCACUAUUUGUAAAUAGACUGGACUCAGUGGAAUCUGUGCUACCUUAUGAGUAUAAUAUUUUUGACUUCUGUCAAGACUCUGGAAAGAAGAGCCUUUCUGAAAAUCUUGGACAAGUACUAUUUGGAGAACGAAUAACAUCAUCUCCUUAUGAGUUUUCUUUUAAUGAGACAGAAACGUGUAAAGGUUUGUGUACCAAAACCUAUGGGAUGCAGCAAAAGCAGGAAGCCCAAAAGCUGGAUUUCUUGAAGAGAGGAAUAUAACUGAAUUAUGAACAUCACUGUUGUGUUUGGAUGAUUGUUAAUAUGCCAGUGAUAUGGUGUCGUGAUAUGGAAGAUGGAAAAAAGUUCUGCACACCAGGAUUUCCGAUAGGAUGUUUUAUUACCCAACGUGGCAUAUCGAAAGAUGCUUGCAUUAUCCAUCCUGAAUUCAACAAAAGUAAUACUUUCUACCUCUUCAACCGUGUCGAUAUUACCAUUACAUAUCACGGGGAAGGUGAAACAAAUUGGGGUAUUGUAAGAUUGGUUACUGCUGGACUUGAUCCCCAAAGCUAUAAACAUUCAGAUGAAAACCACCUAACUUGUAAUGGACCCCCUAUGGAAAUUCCUGGAGAAUAUACAGGUAAGUUGAAUGUAACCUACACUUACUCUGUGAAAUUUGAAGAAAACAAACAUAUCAAGUGGGGUUCUAGAUGGGAUUAUAUUUUGGAGUCCAUGUCUCAUACCAGCAUUCAGUGGUUUAGUAUUAUGAUUUCCAUUGUUAUUGCUGUCUUCUUAUCUGGAAUGGUGGCUAUGAUCAUAUUAAGGACUCUCCAGAAAGAUAUUAUCAGAUAUAAUCAGAUGAGUUUUCCCGAAGAUGCCCAGAAGGAAUUCGGUUGGAAGCUGGUUCAUGGGGAUGUAUUCAGACCUCCAAGGAGUGGAAUGUUGCUGUCAGUUUUCCUGGGUCGAACACAAGUUUUGAUUAUGACAUUUAUUACUUUAUUUCUGGCCUGUCUUGGUUUCCUUUCCCCUGCCAAUCGAGGUGCUUUAAUGACCAGUGCUAUUCUGUUAUGGGUCCUUCUGGGAACCUCUGCUGGAUACGUAUCUGCUAAGUUGUAUAUGACAUUUAGAGGUAUUAAGUGGAAGACAAAUUUUUUGCUGACAGCACUACUGUGUCCUGGUAUCCUCUUUGCAGACCUCUUCAUCAUGAAUCUAAUUCUUUGGGUGGAAGGGUCAUCAGCUGCCAUCUCCUUUGGUACAGGUAUCCUCACAAUGUGGUUUGGAAUUUCACCCCCACUAACAUUUUUGGGUGCAUACAUUGGAAGCAAGCAAAAGCAGUUUAGGUAUCCAGUUCGCACAAACCAGAUUCCCCGUCAGAUGCCUCAACAGACUUUCAUUAGAAAACCACUUUUUGGCCUCAUCAUCAGUGGCAUUUUACCUUUUGGUUGUAUUUUUAUUCAACUCUUUUGCAUUCUAAACAGUAUUUGGUCUCAUCAGAUGUACUUCAUGUUUGGCUUCCUUUUCUUAGUCUUUAUAAUUCUCCUGAUUACUUGUUCAGAAGCUACCGUUUUGCUGUGUUAUUUUCAUUUGUGUACUGAGGAUUAUCGUUGGUGGUGGAGAGCCUUUUUUACCAGCAGUUUUACAGCUGUUUACCUUUUUUUGUAUGCAGUUUAUUACUUCUUUACCAAACUUCAAAUCACGGGCAUUGCAAACACCAUUUUGUACUUUGGGUACACGAUGAUCAUGGUCUUGAGUUUCUUCCUUUUCACAGGGACAGUUGGAUUUUCUUCCUGCUUCUGUUUUAUUACUAAAAUCUACAGUGUGGUGAAAGUGGAUUAAAGAAUGUCCCCAGAGGCUUCCAGGCACAUCACCCUUGCUUUUGAAUAUAUAUCUGUAUCUAUAUGAACAUCUAUAGAGAUAUAUAUGUAUGCUUCCAAUUGCAUGUUUUUAAUAUCUAUCCAUUUAAAAACCUCGUUGUCCGGCCUCCGUUUGUAUGACACAAAAUACGAUCGU